AGGCUCAACUCCCCCUCUCUCCCAGAUCCGGCCGCCGCGCGCCCAAGGAAGGAAAACUCCCCCUCGACGGUCGCCCGGCGAGAUGCCGCGCGACCGCGACGAGCCGGCGGCCGUGCGCGUCUACACGGUCUGCGACGAGUCCAAGUACCUCGUCGUCCGGAACGUGCCGGCCCUCGGGUGCGGCGACGAGCUCGGCUCCACGUUCUCGGCGUACGGCCCCCUGGAAGAGUGCAAGCCCAUGGACGCCGAGGACUGCGAGGAGUACACGGACGUCUACUUCAUCAAGUUCGCGCAGGUCAGCAACGCGAGGUUUGCAAAGAGGAAGCUGGACGAGUCUGUAUUUCUUGGCAACCGGCUGCAGGUUUCAUAUGCGCCUCAGUUUGAAAGUCUUCUGGAUACCAAGGAGAAACUGGAAGUCAGGAGAAAUGAAGUCCUCAGACGAAUAAGAUCACCUGCUGGAAGCAGACCCGAAGGGCUAUCUCAGUAUUCACCGGGUCAGGGAUCAUCUAGUGGGAACCCACACCAUCAUUUGAGCUCCAACAAGAGGGAAUACACGAGGGCAAUGCCCGCUGCUCAUAUCGAAGAUGAUCGUUUCAGCCAUGUGCCCUCUAAUAAGGACUAUUUCCCGUCCGAGUCGAUGAAUGCGACCGUCAACCUAGUCAGGCAGAAGCUUGAUAAGAUGCAGUCUGACGGUGAUACCUCCCAUGCCGCCGCCGCAUCCAAGAAACCAAGGGUCGACAACCGAAGGCGUAUUUGAAUCUCAACGGCAGGUUGUCGAUUAGUGAUGUUAUGUAUAUGUGCCAGAGGAAUGAAUGGCGUGUGAUAAUCUCAGGCUCAGCAGCUGUUUGUAUGCUCCCUCCUUUUUGUCUACAUACAUGGUAUUCCUUGCCCGCGGAACGGUCAUGUUUCCGGUUUCCCCGAAUUUCUACGGCGGAUCCUGGCAAUCUCUGGCUGUGUGGAGUAACAUUUUGCCUGGAGCGGAAGUUGCUGCCCUUUUCAGCUACCAUAUUGGUUGACAAAUUGCGAAUGAAAGCCAGAGGUGAGGAGUAGGGUGGCUGCAAUCCAAUCGUUUGAUUCUUAGUAUGUGUGUCAUUCACACUACCUUUUCAUUAUGGUUGGUCAACUCAACACCGUGUGAUGUGAGUUCAAAGACUUUUCGAUGCCGUGCGAAGAAAAUAUAUUUGCCCAUCUCUAAAAAAAAUGGUACUAAACCAUGUUAGGGGCUGAGCAACCCUAUUUCUCCCCACUGCUCACUCGAUCGCAAUGAAAGCGCCUUCUAGCGCACGCGUCCAUGGCAUCACCCUGUAAAUUUCUCCCCUUCUAUCAAUGCAAAGAUACGCUAUAUAGGCGUAUUCGUGAAAGAAAAAAAAGAAAUAUUAUGUCUGUAA